GGGGCACACAGACCCCUCUCCACCGCCGGAGGAAGAGCAAGAUCAGCGGAACUACACAGGGGUUGUCUUCUGAACCAGGACAUUUAACAGAGAUGUAGCACAAGACAUCCAGAAAACUCUCCAUUACGUGCAAAUAUUGUUUCCUACAUUUCACAGACAAAUGAAGGCAAGUCUCGUCAUGAAGAAACAUCACCACUCUGUCAAGAGUUGUACUGCACAGAAGGAUCUCAAAAAACACAAGCAAAUUUACACAGGAGAGAAAUGGUAUCACUGCUCAGACUGUGGGAAGAGUUUUACUCGACAGGGUAAUCUCCAACAACACCAGCGCAUUCACACAGGAGAGAAACCGUAUCACUGCUCAGAGUGUGGGAGGAAUUUUACUACACAGGGUGAUCUCAAAAAACACCAGCGCAUUCACACAGGAGAGAAACCGUAUCUCUGCUCAGACUGUGGGAAGUGUUUUACUCGACAGGGUAAUCUCCAACAACACCAGCGCAUUCACACAGGAGAGAAACCGUAUCACUGCUCAGAGUGUGGGAGGAAUUUUACUACACAGGGUGAUCUCAAAAAACACCAGCGCAUUCACUCAGGAGAGAAACCGUAUUAUUGCUCAAAGUGUAAGAAGUGUUUUACUACACAGGGUGAUCUCAAAAUACACCAGCGCAUUCACACAGGAGAGAAACCGUAUUAUUGCUCAAAGUGUAAGAAGUGUUUUACUACACAGAGUCAUCUCAAAAUACACCAGCGCAUUCACACAGGAGAGAAACCGUAUUAUUGCUCAGAGUGUGGGAGGAAUUUUACUCGAUUGGAUAAUCUCCAACUGCACCAGCGCAUUCACACAGGCGAGAAACCGUAUUAUUGCUCAAAGUGUAAGAAGUGUUUUACUACACAGAGUUAUCUCAAAAUACACCAGCGCAUUCACACAGGAGAGAAACCGUAUUAUUGCUCAGAGUGUGGGAGGAAUUUUACUACACAGGGUGAUCUCAAAAUACACCAGCGCAUUCACACAGGAGAGAAACCGUAUUAUUGCUCAAAGUGUACGAAGUGUUUUACUACACAGGGUGAUCUCAAAAGACACCAGCGCAUUCAUACAGGAGAGAAACCGUAUUAUUGCUCAAAGUGUAAGAAGUGUUUUACUACACAGAGUCAUCUCAAAAGACACCAGCGCAUUCACACAGGAGAGAAACCGUAUUGUUGCUCAAAGUGUACGAAGUGUUUUACUACACAGAGUCAUCUCAAAAGACACCAGCGCAUUCAUACAGGAGAGAAACCAUAUCACUGCUCAGACAAUAAGAACUUAAUUAUUGGAGUAGGAACUGGGGGGGAUGAAUCAGAAUCAGGUGGAUUGGUCCCCCAAAAAAAUGAUAUUGUUCCUGCUCAGCUCAGCUGUACAAUUAAAGAGGAGACGGGCCACUGACCGCUGGGUGAAUAGUAAAUCUUUUAACGCCAAUCAUGGAGCCGGUUCAGGGAGAAAGUUAAUCCUUUCAGGAGAACCAGCCAAUCAGCUUGCUGGUUUUCAGAGCACGGAGGAGAGUGGGAUUUUUCUUUUUUUCUUUGUUUGUUUUUAGUUUUGGCAGCGAGCUGAUGUUAAGAUAAAUCUGGACAUAUACUGUGAUUUUUUUUUAAAAGGAAGGUAACUGUGCUAACAGUGUGAACUGUGAUGAUAUUGAUUCUGAUAGCUGGUUAAAAAGACUCGUCCCUAAAUCAAUGUUUAACCUGCCCUGAUGUACCAGAUGAGCUAAUAACUAUAUCAUGUUUAAAUUUUGUCGAUAAAUUUAGGAUUGCUGGAUUUACUGUAAGCUAUAAUGAACGUAUAAUGAAAUAUAAAUAAUGAAAAUAAAUUUAGCUAAAUAGUUAGCUAGAAAUUAAUGUAGUGUAUAGCCAGAAUUUAGUACAAUACUUUAUGUUGGUAGUUUAAAGCAGUUUCUUAAGCCUCGUCUCCAACUGAUCAGCUAAUAAACAAUCCUUUACUGAG